GUCUGGAGCGUCGGCGGAGCGUCUGGCAGCGUAGACAUGCAGAGGGCUGGCGGGAGGGCGGCGGGGACUCGGGGCGCCGCGUCCCGCUGCCUGGCCGCGCUGCUCUCGCUGGCCGCCCUGGCUGCUCUCAUGACGCUGCCGCCGGCCGCUCUGCUGCUGCAGGAGCCGGGACCGCACUUGUCCCCAGUGCCCGUGGCGCCCGCCCGGCUGCUGCGCUGUGUGGUCCGCGGGCUCGCCUCACUCUCCGUAUCGCUGCACCUGUGCUGCCUGCUACUCGCUCUCCUCCUCGGGCACCUGGCGGCGCAGCCCGGCGGCGCCCACACACACCCCGACAGGGCUGGUUGGCUUCUCCUCAACAGCCGAUCCUCUCGACAUCUGGCUCUCACUGCAUUCUGCCUGGGCGUCAUCGUGUACCUGGCAGCUCUCUGCAUCCACGUGCUGCUGGAGUUUGAGAAGGAGAGUGCGAUAGCAAGUGCCAGUGUCCUUGGUGCUGGAGCGCUGGCAGCAGCCACCAUUGUGGUGCAUGCGCUGGUGAAGGCUUGCCGAGUGGACGGGCAGGGUGGUCCCGAGCAUGCUGCCACCCUCUUCGAGAACAGCUGCCCCUCUCGAGGCAGGUACCUGGAUCCCGAGCGUUUGGACCAGGCAGAGGAAGAGGACUCAUCGCGCAUGCCUGCCUUCCACAAGGAGACAGCCUACGAGCGAUACCGGGAGCAAAAGGCCUUCUACGUGGCUACUUCGGCCAGCCGCAAUGGGUAUGGGCGAUCCCGGGCUCAGCAUGCUGCCCGCACUCUCCCCGCUGCCCGCACCUUGCCCCCCGCCGGAUCCUGGGACGGAGUCUCCCACGAAAUGAGGCGGGUGCUGGCACGCAAGGGGACUGUUUGCAGGAGGGACUCGACGCUGGUCUGAGCCCUAUAUCGUCAGCACAAUGGAAGCAACAUUGACACCGAUCCUGCCCCCAGCACAGGCUCACUCUCGCUUCCUGACCUCUUGCCCACCAAUACUUCAACCGGGAGAAUUAAUUUUGUCUGCAUCAAAGCUAGACCAUAACCAAAAGCCGCCUUUACCCUAGGACUGAGGAAGAAACAGCGAGUGGCGAAGAGGGAUGUGAGAUGAAUUGGGGUCAGUCGUGAUCAGGAGGAGAAGGAAGACAAAGACAGCAAAGGGAAGCCAGGAAAUAAAUAGAAAAAAAAAUAACCAACAUUUCUAACAUUUUCUACCUUUAGGAAAGAGUUCUGUUUUAAAUUGUGCCUUUACUACACUGUAAAGGUUGUGUGCCUUUGAAUACAAUCUUUCUCAUUAAAAGUUACUUACAAUGUUGUGUUAAACUGCGA